UCCAUGCAUACUGCUGUAUACGUCUGUAUCUAUAUACACUACUACUGACUACACACUCUUGACUUCUUAUCUCAUCGUGCAACUCGAUUCAAUGGCCAAGUGAGGCUCGUUUCGACUACUGAGUGUUAUAAAAGUGAGAUAAUAAAAAAAGCUCGACUAGAAACACGUCUCGAAGAGGAUAAUGACGUGCUACCUGCUUCGCGAGCAACGUCGUCGUCGUUGUCAGAGUCAGCAGAACCGAUUGUCAUCCUUGUCGUUGUCGUAGUCGUCGCCGUUGUUGUGAAUGACCAGCAGCUAUUUACACAAACGCCUACACGCUCAACAUGCGCCGUCAUAGCUGAAACUCCUCGACGACUCUCGUGAUUUUUUUUCCUAGCUGGCGAUAAAUCAAAGGUUCGAGCGCGUCGACGCUCUUCGAUGCCGUCUUCUUCUGGUGUUUUCAUAACUAGUUUGUUUCAUCCUCAGCGACAAUUAGAAUGUCGGCUAGCAGCGAUUCCGAAGAGUUCUUUGAUGCGGAGGAGGACAUAGCUGUCAAGAAUAGUACCAGUCGCAAAGUCAAACAGAGAGAAUCUCUUGAACCAGAAAAUCAAGAAGAAAAAUUUUCUACGCCCAAUGCCAAAGCUGAUGAAAAUGUAUUUGUCAAGCCAGCGGAUCCUAAACCAAUUAGUGUUGAAAGUAGUGAAAAACCAUCUACCGAUGGAUCAGAACAGAAAAUUCCUGCUGAAAAAAAUGAAGAAGAAACGAAAGGAGCUGGUGCAGAUAAAAUAGUUGGUAGAAGAAAAUUCAGAGAGUUGAGACAAAGAAUGCAAACUGAAGAAGAUGAUAUUCUUGUCAACAAUUCUCCACCUGACAGUCAAACAUCUUCUAUAGAAGGCGUUUAUCCAACACCUUCAAAAACAUCUCAUCCUUUCAGAAUAAUCGAGCAUGAUACCCUGAGUUUGCAAAGCAUGACUUCUCUUGGUCGGGUGGGUAGAAUAUUAUCCGGGACAGCUGAUAAUACAUCACAAAUUGUGCCUCCUGGUGUACAAAUACCUGCUUCAUCCACUGUACCAGUGAAAGACACUCAAACAACAGCCAUACCCAGUGUUCCUAGUAAAGAUGAAGAUAAUGCUUCCGACAAAUUAUCUGAUAAAUUAUCGCAGUCUUCAAGUGUCAUGACUCUAUCUGGUGAUGCUCUUAGAGAGCCAUCAUUAAGUGGAAAAUCUGAUCAGUCAUCCUCGUCUCAAUGUGAUAAAAAUACCAUUUUGCAAGAGCCUGAUGUUAUAGCUAGCACUAAGUCAAAUGGCAAACCUGCAGCAGAUGCCCAAGCAAAUAUUAAUAAAAAGCCUGUGGCACCACCUCGCCGCAAAAAGAAGUCUAAAACUCAAACACCAAAUGACUUAGUUCCUACAAAUAAGGAAGUUGUAAAAUCAGCAUCAACUUUGCCCAGUCCAGCCAGUACUAUAGAAUCAAUUACCAGAGAAUUUGAACAUUCUCUUGACAUUAAAUCUGCCACUAAAGGACAAUACGUAGUUAAACCUCAAGACGAAGAUAAAACGAAAGCUGAAGGUCCAACAAAAGAAGAAGUUGAAAGAAUAUUGAAAAUGAGGGCUGAAUUCAUGAGUAUGAAGUCUAGUGAUAAAUCCAAUAGCAGUCCUAUCGGCUCGACAUCCAGUAGUAGUAUCGGUCGUCAUUCUUUGGGACCCAGCAGAAUUACUCCACAAGGUACGCGAGAAAGGCGUAAAUCUGCUGGUGAUCAAGAUUUGGUUCAACAAUUGAACAUGUUCGUGAGAACGAGAACUGAUUCUGGAAAACGCCUUACUGACAUGGAAAUAUUGGAGCAAGUGACCGUGUUGAAUUUGGACACUGGCGAGAGAGUGCCGCUGAGCAUAGCUGAAGACAAAUUACCCCAAUGCAUCAAUCCUUUGUCACUUCACAUUAUGAGGCUAACGUCCGAAUACAUAAGUAACACGAGUCUUGAUAAAGAGAAGGAAAGCGAUGAGGAGAGUGUCGAUAGCAAAAUGUCGAGUUUACCUCCUGACGAAGACGUUAGCAUCGGUCGCGUCCGAAAGAAGACUCAGAAGCUUAAGCGCUUCUUCGGCAGUACAGUGAAAAAAACCAUGGAUAAGGCCAAGUCCAUUGCUCAAGAAGUGUCGCACGCCAGGCACAAAGAGGACGUUGUCGAUAUCGUCAAUGAAGUGUACCCUGGUGAACAACAGCUGAUCAAACUGAAGGCUUCAAACAGUCACAAAGGUCCCUACGACUUUUACAGUUUGCAGCAUGUGCAAGACAUGAGCGGUGAACACGUCGGUCCAGUUUGGUGCAUGAAAUUUUCAGCCUGCGGCCGACUGCUGGCCACCGCUGGACAAGAUAAAGUACUGAGGAUUUGGGUUCUUCGAGACGCCUUCACAUAUUUCCAGGACAUGCGUACCAAAUACAAUGCCGAAAAAGUCAGUCCAACGCCUUCGCAAGAGUCUCUGGUGUCGCAACAGUCAAUGGAGGAUCCUCAAACUUUGGCGAACGCUCUAGCCGAAGCCGAGAGCAGCAAAGGGCCUUUUAUGCCCAAGCCUUUCUGCACCUACACCGGACAUACAUCGGACUUACUAGAUGUUUCCUGGUCAAAGAAUUAUUUUGUUCUAUCGUCAUCGAUGGACAAAACAGUUCGACUGUGGCACAUAUCCCGAAAAGAAUGCCUUUGUUGUUUUCAACACAUAGACUUUGUCACGGCAAUCGUGUUCCAUCCCAUUGACGAUCGAUACUUCCUUUCGGGCUCCCUUGAUGGUAAAUUACGACUAUGGAACAUACCUGACAAAAAAGUGGCCGUGUGGACCGAAGUCGACAGUCAGACCAAACUUAUUACUGCGGCUAACUUCUGUCAAAAUGGAAAAUUUGCUGUCGUUGGCUCUUACGAUGGUCGCUGCAUUUUUUACAUCACAGAUCAAUUAAAGUAUUACACGCAAAUACACGUGAGAUCGUCGAGAGGAAAAAAUUCCAUUGGUAGAAAAAUCAGUGGUAUCGAACCAAUGCCCGGCGAGGAUAAAAUUCUCGUUACAUCAAACGACAGUCGAAUCAGAUUGUAUGAUUUACGCGAUUUAACACUGUCAUGUAAGUAUAAAGGCUACGUAAACGUUAGCAGUCAGAUCAAGGCAAGCUUUAGUCCCGAUGGCCAAUACAUAGUCAGUGGCUCGGAAAACCAGUGCAUCUAUAUUUGGAAGACUCACCAUGAUUACUCCAAGUUCCCAAGUGUCCGUCGCGAUCGCAAUGACUUUUGGGAGGGCAUAAAGGCCCAUAACGCCCUAGUGACGUGUGCCGUGUUCGCUCCUAAUCCCGAAAGUAUUAUCCGUCAGAUCGAGCUCCGAGAGCAGCAGCUCGAAGCUAAAAAUGCUGCUGCAGCUGACGCGGACGGGGUUUCCGUCAAAGAGACGGCCAGCUGCAGUGGUGUGGACGUGUCCACGCCUCCACUGGACCCCGUUGUCGAGCAAAGAACCAAAGGUUGCGGUGGUCACGUACUCGUCAGUGCCGACUUCAACGGUGGAAUCAAAGUAUUUUUGAAUAAAACUAAGCCAAAGCACAGCUCUUUGCCUGCUUCCGCAUUAGCUUGAAGUGCAAGUUCACUUCUGCUGGUUUUGCGUGCAGGUUCUUAUAUUCUUAUGCGACUUUCUAAUUAGAGGCUCAAAAAUUUGAAGAAAAGUUUGAAAUAUCUAAAGAAACGUAAAAUUGUUAAUAUCUAUUAAUUUAUAAAUUAAUUUAAAAAGUUUAUUAAUCAUUACUUGUAAAUUGAAAUUAUUUUAUUUGUUAGAUUAGACGCAUACAGUGUGAUUCACUUGGAAUAUUAGUCCUAGUAUUUCGUUGAAACUGCAGAAAUAAUUAGAACACGCCUUUUUUAAUUAAAACAGUCGAACUAGAAAUGUCCAUUGAGAAAGUAAACUACUGACGAUUAUGCAGAAACUACGUAAAAAUAGUUACUCAUUUUGCCGGAGCUUUUAAAGCCAUCCAAAAUGUCAAUUGUAUUAUGCAGAUAAUAGAAGAAAAAGAGCGAGCACAGUAUAAUUAUGUUUGCAAUGAACUGUCUUUCUUUUUUUCUUCUAUAUAUCAUGUAUCAGCCAUAAUAAAAUUCUCUUAAAAGGGAAUCAUUUGAUACAUUUGAUAAAUCCGAUAUAUUGAUGCAUUUGGUGAAACAUUCAUAAAAUACUGGUGCUGUGAGAGAGUUGAUAGAUAUACUAUUGUAAUCCAAGUUACUUAUUCGACACGUUUGUUCAAAGAACUUCAAAUUGUACGCAGUAUAUGAAUAUUAUGAUAUCGAUUACUUAAAUUGAAAAAUGUUAAAAUAUAUUUUCAGCGAACUUCCAGUAAAUUGAGAAUGAAAUUACAGUCACGUUGUGACAUUUUUAUUUUUAAAUAGAUUUAUAUAUAUCUAUGUGGUAUGUAUUUUGCAUUUGCGCGUGAGUAUAAAAAGUGAUUCAAAAUAUCGAUUUGUAAAUAAAAAAUUAUUAAUACACAUCCGAAUAAGGAGAAAGUCUAGAGUGAAAAGAAUGAAAUUUUGUAAAUAAAAGUAUUGAAUAGUUUCACCCAUUCGAGGCGAGUGCGAGGCUGUAAAGUUGCACAAAUUAGAAUUGGUUUGUAGUUUUUU